AUGAGCUAUAACGGCGGUACGUUGCUGGCGAUGCGUGGAGACCAUUGCGUCGCCAUAGGAUCAGACUUACGGCUCGGAAGUCGAUUUUUAACAGUUAUGACAGACAAAGAAAAAGUGUACAAAAUCGGUGAUCGUCUCUAUCUAGGUAUCGCUGGCUUGGAUACCGAUGCUCAGACCAUAGUUCAGCGAAUGCUGUUUCGACGGAACGUCUACGAGUUACGGGAAAACCGUCACGUAUCACCGAAGGUGUUUGUGCGUAUGCUCAGCAAUCUGCUCUAUGAAAUGAGAUUUGGUCCCUAUUUCUGUGAACCAAUCGUCGCCGGCUUGGAACCGAAGACGUACGAACCGUACAUUGCUGGGAUGGAUUUGAUCGGUUGCGUUACCGAACCAGAAGAUUUCGUGACAACUGGCACCGGUGCGCUGCAGCUGUACGGUCUUUGCGAAAAUGUUUGGCAGAAAAAUAUGGUUUAUUGA